AUGGCUCUUUUCCGUCGCGUUCUCCUUUCGGGAUCGUCAAUAUGGCUGACGCUCUUUGGCGUCGCGAGCUCCGUAACUGUGAAGGGAAAGCCGUUUCCGAGCUUGAUCGAUGUUACCAUUGAUGAUCUGUCCGCUGGUCUUGAGAGCGGCCUUUUUACCAGCGUCGACUUGGUGAGAACCUACGUGGCUCGCAUCAUCGAGGUUAAUGACACUCUGCAUGCUGUGGCUGAGAUUAACCCGGAUGCCUUGACGAUUGCGGCUGAUCUUGAUGCGAUGCGUGCUAAUGGACAGAUCCUGGGGCCUCUACACGGUGUUCCUAUUCUUAUCAAAAAUAACAUCGCGACUGAUGACAAGAUGAAUAACACGGCCGGCUCUUGGUCACUACUUGGUGCAAGGGUAGGAGAGGAUAGCACGGUAGCUAAGAAGCUACGACAAGCUGGAGCUAUCAUCUUGGGCAAAUCAAAUUUAAGUCAAUGGGCAAACUACCGAAGCGACAAUUCUAGCAAUGGAUGGUCAGCCUAUGGUGGCCAGGUUUACGGUGCCUAUUGCCCUAGCAUGGAUCCCAGUGGCAGCUCGAGUGGCAGCGGUACUGCAUCAGCCAUAGGCCUUGCUCUCGCCUCUCUUGGUACUGAGACAGAUGGCUCUAUAAUUUCACCAUCCACAAAGGGUAACUUGGUGGGUAUUAAACCUACUAUGGGCCUUACCUCACGACACCUAGUUAUACCUAUCAGUGAGCAUCAGGAUACUGUUGGCCCCAUGGCGCGAACGGUCAGAGACGCAGCCUACAUUCUACAGGCUAUUGCCGGAUAUGAUCCCAAGGACAAUUACACUACCGCGAUUCCGGACUGUAGCACCAUCCCCAACUAUCUUGCCGCGUUGGAUGUGGAUGGUCUCAGGGGAGCUAGAAUUGGCAUUCCUUACAACAUCUUACCGACAGAUAAUUCCACUGAGAUACUUGCAUAUUACAGCGCCAUCGAUAUGAUGAAGGCAGCAGGUGCCACACUCGUAGAUGCAGACUUCCUCGAUGGCAACGCGAUCACUAGCUCCAUUGUUCUCCAGGCCGACUUUGUUUCCAACAUAGCAAGCUACCUUGCGGAGCUAACCUACAAUCCGAAUGAUGUCCGAAGCCUAACAGACCUGCGCGAAUUCACGCGGAACUCCCCCCUUGAGGAGUAUCCGGACCGUGACACAGCGGCUUGGGACUCAGUGCUAGCACUAGGGUAUAACAACACUGACCCCCGUUUCUGGGAAGGGCUUCAACAGAACUACUACGCCGGUGGUGAGGCCGGUCUACUUGGCGCUAUUCAGCGAAACCAAGUGGACGCCAUCAUCCUACCCAGUAGUCAAUCCCCCGGCAGGGCCGCAAUCACCGGAGCCCCGAUUGUGACCGUCCCGCUGGGUUUCUAUCCCAACGAUACGAGUAUAUCGAAGACCUCUCGUGGGCUAGUUACCACUGGCCCGAAUGUCCCAUUUGGUCUUAGCUUCCUCGGCGAUAGGUUUACUGAGGCGACCCUUAUCAAGCUGGCCUAUGCCUUCGAACAGAAAACCAUGGUGCGUAACCAGGUUCAACCAUACAUAAUUCCUACCACCGAGCUUGGUGACAUUGUGGGUUUCUAA